UCAGCACGACAUGUCUCGCUGCAUCCUCGUUGUUUGUGCACUGGUUUUGAUGGUGGCAGCUUCCUCGUAUUGUGCGAAUAUCGGAGAGUCAUUGCUGCCAGGUCCAGUUUCUCCUAUGCAACAAUGUCGUGACCGCGAGCCUGGUAAUUACGUUGGAGUUUGCGAACCCGAAAGUCCAGCGGACAUGUGCAGCGACCUAAAGUGUGCUCCGAACCGAGGAGAUAUUCCAUUCGGCGUAGGGACAGGACCGGCUCUCGAUGGCACAUGGUGUGGACCAAAGAAGAUGUGCUCCAUGGGAUCUUGCGUCGACGAUCCAGAAGAGCGACGAAAUCCCUUCGACGCAGAGAAAGCUCGUUACUGCCAGCAGUAGCGUUCGCGAAAGAGCAGCGUCCAAUCGGUUGAUGCAAUUCAAAAUUUUUGCUCAAGCUUUUAUCACGAUUGUUGCUAGUUUUUGCAACGCUGGUCUCAAUAAAUUUGAACU